GCAUGCUCAACUUGCCCAACUUGCGCACCCUUCUGUCCCGCGUUCUUGACCUCCCGAAGCUGCACACUGUUGUCCUGUUUACACCAGAAGGCGAACUGGUAUCCUACGUUUCUAUACCUGAUAGGCCGAAGGAUCGCGUGCGCGUGAUAGUAGGCCUCAGCACAGAGAUAUGGCAGGAGACGCGAGAGCAGGGUGUCGGUAGGGUCGAUUCACAGCUUGGACAUCUCCUAGUGCUGCCAGUAGAAGCGCAAAAGAAGGACGACGACGAUGAUCCUCCCUUGCUCCUGACGCUGAACUCUGAGACGAGCGUACCAUGGGAAGAGCUUGAGGUCAAGAAAAAGACGACCCAUUCCGCACAACCACAGACGCUACCGCCCAAUGAUCCACUCCUUCACGCCCCGAACCCCCCAAAAUUGCCAACGCGUCCGGACCCGUACAAGCUGGUUGCGCCUCAACUCCAGCAGCUACGCGAAACUCUGCUCAACCUGCUUGGCUCGUCACACCCCUCUCUGACCGAGAUCGCCCAAUAUUAUUUCUUGCAUCCGUCAAAGCAGCUCCGGCCUCUCCUCGUCCUCCUCUUUUCGCAGGCAACGAAUGGUUUGGGCUCUGGCUGGCAUCUGAAGAAAUGGGCGGCGGAGUGCGAAGGCGCGGGCGGACGCGCGGAGGAACUCGACCGUCCACUGACGCGUCCGGACGUGCUCAACGACUGGAAUCCGAGCAUGCCAGACCAUACCGCAUCGUUCCAGACGUCGUUCUCCGUUCGUCCUCCACGCCUGCCUCACCAGCCGCCAACUCCCCCGCCGUUCACACCUGCGAUGUUCGUGCCUACGGUGGCCGAGCCGCUUGCCCUGCUUCCGACGCAGGUACGGCUAGCGCAAAUUGUGGAGAUGAUACACGUCGCGUCGCUCCUGCAUGACGACGUGAUUGACAAGUCGCCGCUAAGGAGGGGGGUAGCGUCCGCGCCUGCAGCCUUUGGGAACAAGCUGUCCGUGCUGGCGGGCGACUUCCUCCUCGGCCGGACGAGCGCCGCGCUCUCACGGUUAGGUGAGAACGAGGUCGUCGAGCUUAUUGCGAGCGUCAUCGCCAACCUCGUGGAGGGGGAGAUCCUCCAGCUGAAGGCGGUCCAUGCGGACGAACUUGGCGUGGCGGGACUGUCGCCCACGGUAGGACAGGAGAACUGGAACAUCUAUCUCCAGAAGACCUACCUGAAGACGGCGAGUCUGAUGGCGAAGGGUGCUCGGGCAGCGGUCGUCCUGGGUGGGUGCAAGGAAGGCGAGGUGUGGAAGGAGGUAGCGUACGCCUACGGUCGCAAUCUGGGUAUUGCAUUCCAGCUCGUCGACGAUAUCCUCGAUUACGAGGCCGGAGACGCCACGCUGGGUAAGCCUGGGGGCGCCGAUUUGCAGCUGGGUCUCGCCACAGGACCUGCCUUGUUCGCUUGGGAAGAGCAUCCAGAGAUGGGCCCUCUCAUCAUGCGCAAGUUCGGACAGCCUGGUGACGUUGACUUGGCAAGAGAUCUUGUUCGCAGGUCAUCUGGCGUAGAGCGGACGCGUGAGCUUGCGCGUGCGCAUGCGGAUAAGGCUCGGGAGGUGCUGGCUCCGCUGCCCGACAGCGAUGCGAAGGGCGCGCUAGAGGCGUUGACAGAGAGGGUGGUGAAGCGGACCCACUGAUGCACCCAACUCUACAUAUAUCAUAGUAAUCACAUGCACCAUAGACGAUGUGCCACUUGCUUGGGACACUCUUCAUCCGCAGACAUGCAUGAUCUGAACUCUC